AUGAACCCUCUCCUGAAAAGCGUGGCCGCACGAGGACCGUCGUACCGAGUACCGGAGAGCUGUGGAGGAUCCGAAUACCCAGCUGACACCCAGGGAUACGACAUUUCCUUCCUGAUCACCAACUUCCACUCCGAGUCCAUGCUCAAGCACAAGCUGGUCGACUUCAUCAUCCAGUUCAUGGAGGACGUGGACAAGGAGAUCUCCGAGAUGAAGCUGUCGCUCAACGCGCGCGCUCGCAUUGUCGCCGAAAGCUACCUCGCGACGUUCACGUAA